AUGGCCCAACCUGCAAUGUCACAACUCACUCUUCUUCGAGUCAUGAACUUCAGCAGCAACGCUUCGAGAGAAAACACAGGUAUGAAUUUUAUGAAAGAGUUUUCAGGAAUGGGUUCUACAUCUUGUGGUGAUCGGUUUGCUAUAAGGGCUGAUCAGAAGAGCUACAGUCACAGUCAACUACUUCAUCUGCAUAUAAUUAGGGUGGAUAGUAAGAAUGAGAAUUACAAUCUUGGUGGAGCUAGGAUAGGAAUUGUAGCUAAUCCUUCUGCCGAGUUUGUUGCUGGAAUUCUUGGAACGUGGUUAAGUGGUGGUGUUGCUGUUCCGCUUGCACUAAGCUACCCAGAAACUGAGCUCAUGCAUGUUAUGAAUGAUUCGGAUAUAUCAAUGAUUUUAAGCACCGAAGACUAUUCUGAGCUGAUGCAAAAUGUUGCCGCUAAAACAUCUGCUCUGUUUUCCCUUAUUUCUCUUGUUGCUGAUGCAUCUUUGAGGGUUAGUGAGGAUAAUGAGUUGCAUAAGAAAGAAUUGGACAAGUUUGAAGAUUUAUUCCAUGUCCAAGGUUGUUUCUUUGUUACUAUUAUGUAA